AGACAAUCCAAAAGUAGCUAAUUGAUACCAGCAGAGACAAAGGAGGUUGAAUCAGUCUGAAGCACAUUCUUUUGCUCAAAAGAUAAACAGCGUUUAAGGAAUCAGUCUCAACAACAAAAUUUAAGUGCCCUCUGUUCAACCCCAAUAUAGAUUCCCCUUCUUUACCUCAUAGUUUAAUAUUUUUAGCAAAAGUAAAGGAAACCCAGAUCCUUAGAAGAUUUCUAUCUUGAUUCUCAAGAUCUUAAUCUGGGUGUCCUGCUUCACAACCAUACCAUUAAGUCAAAAUCGUUGCAUCCAAGGUAUAGACAUAAUUAAAGAUGAGUAGUGUGUGUGUUUUGCCAACGGUUGUAUGGAGAAUCAUUGGUUUUGUAUCAUCUUUGGUUGGAAUCAUCACUUAUGCCGUGUCCUCUCCUUUCAACAAACUCUUCAACUACCACGAGUUGGGGUUCUUGGUGUUCAUUAUAUACUGUGCGCUAGGUUCCUUUCUCUGUUGCUUAAUGCUUUGUACCACCACAUGGCGUUUACCAAAGAACACUCUGUUAACAGCGCAUGUACUUUUCUUUGUUCUCAUGGUUACAUCUGUCUACUCCUUUUACAUGGACAAAACAGAAGCAAACACAAAGGCCAAAGAUGCUGAUAAAGUGUUGAACCUGGUCUCAUGUGGAUCAUUUUCCCUCAUGUCCUUGAGCUUGUCAAGACUAAGUGGCCUUGGAUUCGAAGCGGGUGUCUUCAAUUUCUUCCUGGGUUCCCUCAUGCUGGCUGUCAUGAAAUGGAGUCUAAAGUUUGCUUUGGCUGCUGCAGUAUUCUGCUAUGUUCUUAUAAACAUUCGCAUCCACUCAGAUUCUGAUAGUGAUGGUGGUGACAUGGAAGAAACAGACGUGGCACUGAUAGAGAAUGGUGGGAGACGGCGGAAUGCCUCUGAGGUCCAAGUUCCCCCCGAACUGCGCCCUCCAGUGAUGUAUGAUGUGUUCAUUAGUUUCAGGGACAAAGACACGAGCGAUAUUCCAGAAUAUUUAGCUUGUGCUCUACUUAAGAAAUCACUAAGAGUCUAUGCUCAUCCGGAACUGACAGGGGACCAUGUACCACAAACCGUGAUUGAGGAAAUUGGUAAGGCUCAGGUCUCGGUCGUUGUGUUUUCAAAAAGCUAUCUUGAGACCAAUUGGUGCUUGCAUGAGUUCCACUUCAUAAUGGCAUGUCGGGCAAGGUAUGCACGAACUGUCAUACCAGUUUUUUAUAACGUACACCGCACUGCCAUCCAGGAUUAUAGCUCUAAUUAUUUUGCAGGGUUGGGAAAUGUUGCGUGCUUCAAGACCGUAUGAACUUCUCGAGAGUGUUUCAGAUCAUGUGUUGAGCCACUGCAAACUGAAUUUAGACCACAGUUGAUGUCAUCACUCCAAACGUUUGUUUCUUUUCUUUUAACUCAUGUAUGAAACUCUUACAGUAUGUUUGGACACUAGACUUCAAAGAGGGAAUGCACGCUCUGUGUGAUAUUCAACACUCAUAUGUAGGAUAAACAUAGAUAAUUUGAAAUUCCAAGUCAAAUUUUAAGUAA